GAGAAUGACAUCUUCCUGGGCUGGGAAAAGGGAGCUUACAAGAAAUGGGGAAAGAGUAAGAAAAAGUGCUCUGAUCUAACACUAGAGGAAAUGAAAAAGCAGGCUGCUGUCCAGUGUCUUCGCUCUGCUUCUGAUGAAAGCUCUGGAAUCGAAACGUUAGUGGAGGAGCUUUGCUCCAGACUGAAAGACCUUCAGAGUAAGCAAGAGGAGAAGAUUCACAAAAAGUUAGAAGGCUCUUUGUCUCCUGAGGCUGAUUUAUCUCCCACAGCAAAGGAUCAAGUAGAAAUGUACUAUGAAGCAUUUCCUCCUCUUUCUGAAAAGCCAGUUUGCCUGCAGGAAAUCAUGACUGUAUGGAAUAAAUCCAAAGUAUGCUCUUACUCUAGCUCCUCAUCUUCAUCCACUGCUCCACCAACUAGCACAGAUACAUCUUCUCCAAAGGACUGCAAUAGUGAAAGUGAAGUAACUAAAGACAGAAGUCAUAAAGUAUCUGCCACUGUACAGGAAAGAACCCAGCAGAAGAAAAGUAAAAAUGAGAAAGAAAACAAGUUUAGUAACAACACUGUUGAAGAGAAGCCUGUUUUGUACAAAAAGCAAGUCCGACAUAAGUCUGAGGGAAAGAUGCGUCCUCGCUCCUGGUCAUCUGGAUCCAGUGAGGCUGGCUCAAGUUCUAGUGGUAAUCAAGGUGAAUACAAGGCAUCAAUGAAAUGUAUCAAAGUAAGACACAAAACAAGAGAGGUUCGAAAUAGAAAAGGGCGUAAUGGGCAAAGCAGGCUUUCAGUGAAAUCUGGUGAAAAGGUUGAUAGAAAAGUCCACAGCGGAAGCAGUAGCAGCAGUAGCAGUGGGUCCAUCAAACAGCUGUGCAAAAGAGGUAAAAGGCCAUUAAAAGAAAUUGGAAGAAAAGAAGCUGGUGGUAAUGAUGGAAGAGAUUUCUACUUAGACAGCAGAAAUGAAAAGGAAUAUAAAGAAGAACCCUUGUGGUAUACUGAGCCGAUUACAGAGUACUUUGUUCCUCUUACCAGAAAAAGCAAGCUGGAGACUACAUACCGCAACAGAGAAGAUAUAUGUGGCGUAACAUCAGAGGCUGUAGAAGAGUUGUCUGAAUCAGUGCAUGGUCUUUGUAUUAGCAACAAUAAUAUUCAUAAAACAUACCUCGCAGCAGGUACUUUCAUCGAUGGUCACUUUGUAGAAAUGCCUGCAGUUCUAAAUGAGGAUAUUGACCUCGCUGGGACCUCAAUAUGUUCUCAACCAGAGGACGACAAAUACUUAGAUGAUGUUCAUCUGUCAGAACUAACACACUUCUAUGAAGUGGAUAUUGAUCAAUCCAUGUUGGAUCCUGGUGCCUCAGAUACGAUGCAAGGGGAGAGUCGGAUUUUAAAUAUGAUUCGACAAAAGAGUAAAGAAAAAACUGAUUUUGAGGCAGAAUGUUGCAUAGUGUUAGAUGGAAUGGAGUUGCAAGGGGAAAGUGCAAUAUGGACAGAUUCAACCAGCUCUGUUGGUGCUGAAGGGUGGUUCUUGCAAGACCUUAGUAAUUUAGCUCAAUUUUGGGAGUGCUGUUCAUCUUCUAGUUCUGGUGAUGCAGAUGGGGAAAGUUUUGGAGGAGAUUCUCCAAUCAGAUUCUCCCCCAUCUUAGACAGCACAAUGCUUAAUUCACACAUGCUUGCUGGCAAUCAAGAGCUCUUUUCAGAUAUUAAUGAAGGGUCUGGUAUAAACUCUUGUUUUUCAGUGUUUGAAGUGCAAUGCAGUAACUCUGUUUUACCAUUUUCUUUUGAAACACUCAACUUGGGAAAUGAAAAUGCAGAUUCUAGUAGCACUGCUAAUAUUCUUGGGAAAACACAGUCUAGAUUGCUAAUAUGGACCAAAAAUAGUGCCUUUGAUGAAAACGAACACUGUUCCAAUCUUUCAACAAGAACCUGUAGUCCAUGGUCACACUCGGAAGAAACACGUUCAGACAAUGAGACUUUAAAUAUUCCAUAUGAAGAAUCCACACAAUUUAAUGCAGAAGAUAUUAAUUAUGUAGUUCCUAGAGUGUCUUCGAGUUAUGUAGAUGAAGAAAUUCUAGAUUUUUUGCCAGAAGAAACCUGCCAGCAACAAGCUAGAACUUUAGGAGAAAUGCCCACUUUGAUUUUCAAAAAAAAAUCUAAACUAGAAUCUGUCUGUGGUAUUCAGCUAGAACAAAAGGCAGAAAGUAAAGACUAUGAAACUACACAAGGGUGUAGUGAAAGCAGUCCACAUGGAGAUGGCUACAGCUCAGGGGUUAUUAAAGAUAUUUGGACAAAUAUGACAGACAGACAUUCUGCAGCGAUGGUAGAAAUAGAAGGAAUAGAAGAUGAAUUGUUUUCAACUGAUGUAAAUAACUAUUGCUGCUGUUUGGAUACAGAAGCAAAAGUUGAAACCCUCCAGGAGCCCAAUAAAGCAGUGCAGAGAUCAGAGUAUCAUCUUUGGGAAGGUCAAAAGGAGAAUUUAGAGAAGAGAGCCUUUGUCUCAAACGAUUUAUCAAAAGUAGAUGGUGGUGACUAUACCACACCAUCAAAACCUUGGGAUGUUAACCAGGAUAAAGAAAACUCAUUUAUACUUGGUGGUGUGUAUGGGGAGCUCAAAACAUUUAACAGUGAUGGAGAAUGGGCGGUGGUGCCACCUAGUCACUCAAAAGGGAGCUUAUUACAGUGUGCAGCUUCUGACGUAGUGACGAUAGCUGGUACAGAUGUUUUUAUGACUCCAGGUAAUAGCUUUGCCCCUGGUCAUAGGCAAUUCUGGAGACCAUUUGUAUCAUUUGAACAGAAUGAGCAAUCAAAGAGUGGAGAUAACGGAUUAAAUAAGGGUUUUUCUUUUAUCUUCCAUGAAGACUUACUGGGAGCUUGUGGUAACUUUCAAGUUGAAGAACCAGGGCUUGAAUACUCAUUCUCUUCCUUUGACCUGAACAAUCCAUUUUCACAAGUUCUUCAUGUAGAGUGUUCGUUUGAGCCAGAAGGAAUUGCAUCUUUCAGCCCUAGUUUUAAACCUAAGUCAAUUCUGUGCUCUGAUUCAGACAGUGAGGUUUUACACCCCAGGAUAUGUGGUGUUGAUCGAACGCAGUACAGGGCUAUACGGAUUUCUCCAAGGACUCACUUUCGCCCAAUUUCUGCAUCUGAACUUUCUCCAGGUGGUGGAAGUGAGUCAGAAUUUGAGUCAGAAAAAGAUGAGGGAGGUGUUGCCGUCCCUUCUCAAGUAGAUGUAUUUGAGGAUCCACAAGCAGAUCUCAAACCUCUGGAAGAAGAUGCAGAAAAAGAAGGGCAUUAUUAUGGAAAAUCAGAACUUGAAUCUGGAAAAUUCCUUCCCAGAUUAAAAAAGUCUGGAAUGGAGAAGAGUGCACAAACAUCGUUGGAUUCCCAAGAAGAGUCAGCUGGGAUGUUGCCAGUAGGAAACCAAGAUCCCUGUUUAGAAUGCAGUAUGAAAGAAUCUCUAGAUGGGAGGGCGAUGGAGAGCUCUAAAGUAAACUGCAGAAUAGUGGAGCCACGUGAGGAGACUAGCAGGUUUUGCAGUUGUAAAGCAGGGUGCCAUUUCCCCACGUACGAGGAUAAUCCUGUUUCUUCAGGAGAGCUUGAAGAGAGCAUGAGUGGCAGCCAGGAAAAGCAGUGCUGGUGGGAAAAGGCGCUCUAUUCUCCCCUUUUUCCUGCAUCACAGUGUGAAGAGUGUUAUACAAAUGCCAAGGGAGAGAAUGGUGUAGGAGAAUUUGCAGAUGUAAAGGAAAUAUCCAAUGAUGAUGAACAUCUUUUAGAUUUUAAUAUGGUUUCUUCUGUUUAUGAAGCAAGAUGUGCAGAUGAUAUAAACGCUGAGGCAAAACCAAAUGGCUUCAGGAAGAAGAUCUACUCCAGUGAUAGCUCCAGCUCUGAAGACACAGCCUCAGAAGGUGGAAGUGAAUGGGCUGAUCCGUGUGAGGAGGAGCUUUUUUCUCGAACUCAACUAUAAAAACUGCAGAGUAGAACAGAUGAUUUAAAAGUAACAUGAGAUGGAAAACUAUUCUUCUUGAGGGUCUGUAGCUCUAAAACGACAACUUGAGUUUCCUCUUCAGUUAAUGGAUUCAGAUGUGUAUUUAUCUUUCUCUUCUUGCUUAUUUUAUAGAUGAGGACACAGCUGUCCUGUUGAAGAUUUUUUUUUUUUCUCCCCCCCAAAAAAACCCUGUUAAAUUCUUGGCUAUUUGAACUAGACUAGAUUGUGUUGUCAAAUGAAGAAUGGAUGUGCAUGUGCUUGUCUUAGUAGUACCACUGCUUUUUUGCAUCUUAAUUGCAGUUAUUUUCAUUCGUAACUGUAGCCCUACCACUAUUACUAUCUUCUUAGCAUCGCAGUGUCUACAACUACUUCUGCUAUUCGGAGACUUCAGCUUUCUGCACAUUAGGCUUUGUUCUUUAAGAACUGGGAGAUAAAUACUUAACACUGUAAUCUAUCGGUGCCUUUCUGAAUGCAGGAGAAAAGCAUGAAUGACUUGUCCAGUCUUCAUUCAGUAAAUCUCAUAACUUCGAAGUAGGAACAACAGGGUUGUGCUUUAGAGACUUACAGAAACUGUGUUUUCUAUCCUAUGAUUCCCCCCUCCCACAAACCAACACUGAGGAUACAAUGGUUUGUAUUUUUGCUAACUGGAGAAGCCAAGGAUUUUUUGUAGGUAUGGAGGCAAUGUGGGGUGGGGUUUUUUUUCCUCUU